GCCCGGCCAGCUGGGUCCGGGGCUGACCUGUCAUCGCAAACCCGGGACCCCGAGGCCGCCGGCCCUCUCCCUCCCUUCUCGGCCCUAAACGCCACUUUCCCUUCCAUCAAGCCUCUCCCAGACCCGAGGCCUGGUUACUCAGUCGCUCCGUCGCCUGUCCCGGGAGAGCAAGUCAUUCCAGUCCCACAGGCUGCAGUCCUCACACCCGGGUCGCUGCUAAGGGGCCGAGGCUUCACUCUUCCCUCAGCUCCAGGGCCGUCCUGCGGGGGUGCUGGCGGCCACAGCCAGGGACACCCCAGGACACCCCUGCUGCAGCCUCUCCGCCUGGGGCCCGGGGCCUGGACAAUACUGGCUCCUGAUGGUUGGCCUCUCCCAGGCCCUGCAGUGGUUGGGAAAGGCUCUGUCCUGUGCCCUGAUGUGCUGGUUCUGUGGUUGACACCUGGGUCUAGCGAGGGCGAGCCCUGAUGUGCACCUUUUGCACGUGCUCGUGGCUGAUUUCAAGCUGCCACCAGUGUGACAACCGGCUCCUAGACCUGCAACCGUCCGGCCAUGACACGAGCUGCUCCAGUGCCGCUGCCCGGGCGGAGCUCUGCCUGCCGCAGGGAGCAGCAGGCUGGCUGAGUUACCCAGUGCGCUAGGAGCUGGCGCGUUCUGCGAGGAGAGAAGACAGAGAGCCGGCAGGGAGGCAUUCGUGCGUGGCGGGACUAAAAGCUCCUACCAUUUAGGAAACAAUAGAAAACGACAAAGAUGAAGUUGAGGUCAGGGCCUUGGAAGUGGCCUGUACAAGGUCCUUAAAGACUUCCAACUUCCAGGUAAAUCUGCUACUAAGAGCAGGGUAGGGGGCAAGGGUGUCCAGUGGCUCUGUGAGAAAGGCCAGUGCAGGGACAGAGGUGGGUCAGUCUGCUGUUGUGCAGGACCAGGCUGGGGCUGGCUGAGCGGGGGGAGUUUAGGGGGGACGGGGCCACAGAGGGAACUGGGGCUCAAUCAGGCAGGGCCUGGCAGGCCCCCCAAAGGACUUUGGUUUUUCCUGUGAGUGACUGGCUUUUCUCAUGCCCCAGGCUGCAGCAGCUGUGGGUGCCACCUCCCGAGGCUCACUAUGCCUGCUCCGUGGAGGAGGGACAGUGCGGUGGGUGGGGGUGGCAGAGGGAGGUGCCUUAGAAGGUGGGUGUAGAGAUCCAAGUGAGAGAUGAGGAGGCUCAGACCAGGGUGGGGGCAGCCAAGAGGCCAGGUGUGCUGCUGGGCGUGCAGGUUGCAGGUCCUCCGUCCCCUCGAGGAGCAGCAGGGGUGGAGGCUGAUGGGUAAAUGGGAGGUGGGAGGGAGCGCACAGCCGUGAGCAACCUCUUUGAGAGGCUGGGAGGGAACGGAGCAUGGGGGGUGGGGGGCAGGGCUCUGUUGCGAGAGGGAGUUGGAUUCUCAAGGUGAAGCCGGGGUGUGAGCACUGCCACGGGCCCCGUCUGCACCCCCAUCUCCCUUUCUGUGACGAGGAUUCGCUGCACCUUCGGGGGUUGGCCGUGAUGACAACAAUGACGGUGGAAGACGGGAAGACUGGGCAGGUGCACAGACCAGGGAGAGAGCCAGAGGAGGGAGUCGAGGAGGCAGAGGAAGGCUGUGCUGGGAAGCACUUGCCACAGCAGGCUUGGGACGGCCCCAGCAGCCGGGCCGUGGUUGCGAUGGCAGAGGCAGAGGAGGGGGGACCGGCAGUGGAGCUCAGCGGGCUGCCCCCCGACAUCCCGGAUGAGCUGCUCACACUCUACUUUGAGAACCACCGACGCUCUGGGGGGGGCCCUGUGCUGAGCUGGCAGAGACUGCCAGGGCCCCUGGGCACCGUGGUCUCCUUCCAGCAGUGGCAGGUGGCCGAGCGGGUGCUGCAGCAGGACCACCGGCUACAGGGCUCGGAGCUGAACCUGGUCCCCCACUACGACGUCCUAGAGCCCGAGGAGCUUGCUGCGGACGCCAGUGGAGGGGACCACUCGGCCAAGUUGGGGUCUGGGGCCACUGAGCAUGCCUUUCUGGAGGCUGGAGAGCCAGCGAGGGCACUGGAGGGUGUGGGGGCUGUGACCUUGGGCUCUAAGGAGGCACCAGGCCAGUCAGGAGCCCCUUCAAGGACAGAGCCCAUCGGGUCUCUGGGGCAGGCCGCACCAGUCAGCUCGGGGCCCGUGGGGUCCUCGGACCAGCGGGGGCUAGAGAGCCUGGGGCUCCCGGGGUCCUCAGGGCAGGCAGAGCCAGUCAGCUCAAGGCCUGCAGAGUCCCCAGGCCCCGUGGGGUCAGUGGAGAAUGCCCUGGGGCCUCCAGAGCAGAUGGGAUCAGGGAGCCUGGAGCCUGGGGCGCCCCCGGAGCAGGAGGGGCUGGUGGAGAUGGUGCUGUCGAUGGAGCCGGGCACCAUGCGCUUCAUGCAGCUCUAUUAUGAGGACCUUCUUGCUGGCCUGGGAGAUGUCGCCCUCUUCCCACUUGAGGAAUCAGAUAUGACCGGCUUUCGACUCUGUGGAGCCCUGGCCCCGUGCCAGGCAGCGGAGGAGUUUCUGCAGAGUCUGCUGGGCAGCAUCAGCUACCACGUGCUGAGCCUGAAGCUCCCGGGCAGCGCCAGGUUCCUGCGGGGCCCCGAGGGGCAGCACCUGCUCCGGGAGCUGGAGGCUCAGUUCCAGUGCGUCUUCGGGACGGAGCGCCUGGCCGGGGAUGCCCUGGACACAGACCCCGCAGAGGUGGACCCCACUGAGGCCCUCCAGGCCCUCCCUGGCCAAGCCCACACUCCGUGGCCCCCGGACAGUACAGGCAGAGACCCGGAGAACCUGAGCCUCGAGGAGGUCCGAGAGCUACUGGCCACUCUGGAGGGCCUGGACAGGGAGGACUGGCUGCCCCUGGAGCCUGGGGAGGAGGAACCGGAGGAGCAGCCAGAGGAGGAGCAGCCAGAGGAGGAGCAGCCAGAGGAGGAGCCCGUGGCCCCCAGCACCGGGGGCCCCGAGCACCUGGAGGAGGAGGCGGCGCUGCAGCUGGCUCUCCACCGGUCCCUGGGGCCACAGGGCCAAGAGGCUGAGCAGGAGGAAGCUGCUGCGUUGCAGCGGGCGCUGGCCCUCUCCCUGCUGGAGCCGACCCCCCUGGAGGCCGAGGAGGAGUUCCUGGGUGGGGGGCCUGGUGGCCAAGCCCAGCUGGUGGUGCAUGUGGACUUUGAGCAGGACAUGGACGAGCUGGACCGGGCACUUCGGGCUGCCCUGGAGGCACACCUCCGGGAGGAGACAGUGGGGCUCCGGGGUCACACGCUGCCCGCAGAGCUGCUGGCCCGCCUGGAGCGGCGCCACGGUGUGAGCGUUGCCCUUCACGAUGACCGCGCUGUCCUCCGUGGCUUUGGGGCCCAGCCCACCCGUGCAGCCUGCCACUUAAGGGCACUACUGGCUGGCCCCUGGGGUCAGAGUGUGACCUAUCCUUUGGAGGCUUCGAGCCCCACCGGGCCACAGCAGAGGCCGAAGGGGCCCUGGGGCAAGCUGGAGUGUCUGGCUGAGGACAGCCCUGAGUUCCAGGAGGUGGUGCAGACCUUCUAUGACACCCUGGACUCUGCCCACAGCAGGAUCCGCAUCGUCCGGGUGGAGCGCGUGCUGCACCCGCUGCUGCAGCAACAGUACGAGCUGCACCGAGAGCGCCUGGAGCAGCGCUGCGAGCAGCGGCCGGUGGAGCACGUCCUGUACCACGGCACGUCGGUGCCCGCUGUCCCCGAAAUCUGUGCCUACGGCUUCAACCGCAGCUUCUGCGGCCGCAAUGAGGGCCAUGGGCUCCUGCGUUACGACAGCGCCGUGGACUGCCUCCGCCAGCCCAGCAUCUUUGUCAUCUUUCACGACACCCAGGCGCUGCCCACCCACCUCAUCACGUGCGAGCGCAUACCUGGGGUUCCCCUUCGGGACCCCUCUGGGCCCUCGGGCCACUCCCCGGACUCCUAACCCCAGCGGUCCCGCUCGGCUCUGUCCCGCUCGGCUGGCCUCCUGCUCUCCCCAGCCCCAGCUGCACACAGCCUUACGGAUCUGCUGCCGGAGCCGCCCCUGCCUCCUGUCGAGGUGCGGGGACGGGGAGAGCAGCGAGGAGGGCUGGGGCGGGGUCCCCUCAGGGGCGCGCCCAGCCACCAGGGGUCAGCAGAGCCCAGGAGGAGGGCUGACGGCCCACACCCUCCGCCGAGGCCACACCUCUCUUAAGCGCGACUCUGUUAUUUGAAUAAACGUGGAACCAGGCAGAGGGA